UUCAUUAUUUUAUCCACCUAUACGCUUUCAGAAUACUGCCUUGUCCUAGAUUUGACCUUUCUCGGAGUGAAGUUGACUGAGAAAUAAUUGUGGCAAAGUUAUCAAUCAGUCACGGGAAGACCUAAUCAACUCCCCGCAGCUAGACCGGUUUUAUUGCGCGCAUAGAGCAGGUUGCAGUCGCAGGGAUGGGGGCCGGCGAGAGCUCGACCAGAAAAGUGACUUUCGGGCUCGAUGAGGACGAUCGGGUCAGGGUUCUGCAUGGAGUUAAGCUGUCGGAGGACGUUAUCCAGAGGAUGCGGGAGUCUGCGGGGGGAGCCGACUCGCCGCCAACGCACUCAGAAAGCCCGAAGGAAGACCCUGGCGUGACAGAUCGGCAGCCGGGUCCCACUGCCAGCGAGAUGCAGGAGGAGCUUCGCAGGAGGUAUGAGAGGGAGCAGGCCAUGGUGCAGGAGGAGCUGGCGAGAAUUAUGCGGAGGGAAAAGGAGGCGGGGCAGGAUCAGCUGACCGCCGCUGUACUGCGGGAGAAGGCUCAGGCCCGCGAGGAGACCGAGAAGGUCAAACAGCUGCAACCAGCAGAGCUGGACGCCUGGGCGAAACAGCUGGAUAGAAAGGAGGCGGAGCUUCAACAGCUGGCUGCCUUUUAUAAAGAGCAGCUGACACUGCUGGAGAAGAAGAACAUGGACUACUACAAGCUGACGUCUGAGCAGUACUGGGAGGCGGCCACCAAGGCGGAGGCUCAAGUGAAGCCACGGAACGUGUCUCCCAUCUGCGCCGGCCUGCAGGCCCAGAUCCUGCAGUGCUACCAGCAGAACCGGGACCAGACGCUGCGCUGCUCGGACCUGGCCAAGGAGUACCUGCAGUGCAUCAACGCCGCCAAGAAGAACCUGCUGGUGAAUCACGGAUGAGGAGCGGACCGGCGCGGUCCAGCGGGAGACGGCGCCACCUUCCCAGAGCAGCUCGAACCCGGACGCCGCCCGUCACUCUUAAUCAGUGUGCUCGUUUGUGUCGGGCGGGGCGCCGCGCAGCCGAAAGCAUGCCUUCCACCCC